GGGUCAUUGGGUUGGGCGCAUGCGCGACUCUAGGAGACGCAACACAGGUAAAGAUGGCUUCCUCCAUAAGCGGAAUGUUUCCCGGCCAGCAGCUGACUGGUUCCCAUCCUGUCGGGGGACCUGGUGCACCUGGACAGCCGGGCUUUCCCAUGGGUGCUGCCCGAGCUCAGGGUAACAACACACUGGUUGAUGAACUGGAAGCUUCUUUCGAGGCUUGUUUUGCGUCCUUGGUAAGCCAAGAUUAUGUUAACGGAACAGAUCAGGAGGAGAUACGUACUGGUGUGGACCAGUGCAUACAAAAGUUUCUGGAUGUAGCUCGCCAGACUGAGUGCUUCUUCUUACAAAAGAGGCUCCAGCUGUCCGUACAGAAACCAGAGCAGGUGGUGAAAGAGGAUGUGUCAGAGUUACGUAAUGAGCUACAGAGGAAAGAACAGCUGGUACAAAAGCAUUUGGCCAAGUUGCACCACUGGCAACAAGUUCUGGAGGAUGUGAGCGGCCAGCAUCGCAAGCCUACAGACCUACCCCCUCCUGGACCGCUGGCCUUUCUGGAGCAGGCCUCUGCAAACCUGCCCCCUGCUCCUUUAAAGCCUAACUAACACCCACACGCAAAAGGCCAUGUUUUCAAAUGUGAGACUGAUGACUGGAAACACAAAAGCAAUGGAAUGAGUUACUCAUUGUGGAGGUGUGGGUGGGAUUAUGUCAGAAUAAUUUAAUCCACAAUGUUCUGGGACUUGUGUGUGUCACAGCUGACUGGAUGUGACAGGAAAUGCAGAUCUGCAUUUAUCACUCCAUUUGUUGAACAUACGGGAGGUUUAUCCAUACAUUUUCUUUUUUUUCAUACUUACAAUGUGUAUAAAUGUUUACUGUAGUCACAUGUUUGUGUAAAAAUAAAAUUUGUACUUUGAAUCUGCCCUAAA